CGGCUUUGCGCUGUCGUUCCAUGCGCCUCGCUAUCAGAACGUUCAAAUGCCGCCCACCGUCUGCUCGGAGAAGAAAGUGCACGUGGCAGUCAUGAAGGAGUCACGACGACGAGGCAGCAUGGGAGUGUCCCGGUCGAACACAAACACAAACACAGUAGCGGGAGUUGCACAGAGCAGCACCGUGCUAAGUUAUGUUGCUAAAGGUUCAAUGAACCUAGCGGGUCGUCGGCAACGGCGACGUGUUGCCCGGCUGCUAACCAGAAUGGAACAAAUCUCGACACCGUCAGAGUUCGAGAUGAAGCAGAGGGUUGGUAUGGAAACCGAUACGGACGAUAGUGGAGAUAACAAUGAGUCCACCAUACAGACAUCACGCACACAUUCCAGCAGCAGCAACAACAUCGAAACAGUAUUACAACCCACAACAGCCAACAGCAAUAACAAGAACAGCCACAGUUGCAACAUUUAUAGCGGCAACAACAAGACAUCAACUACAGCCAAUCUCUGUGAUCAAAUACCAAGUGAAGAUGAUGAUGAUGAUGAUGAUGACGACGAUGAUGAGGAGCAGGAUCAGGAGAGUGACAGCGGGUAUGAGUUUGAACUAGAGCCAGUUAAGCAGCCGGCAAGUCUUCAGCAAUAUCACACAAACAGCGAGGGACUUCUUUCCAUUGCCCUCAAGACUCUCAAGCUUGUGCAGCGCAACAAGCUGCUGCAGAAGCGUUUGGCACAGCUGCAGCUGGAGACGUCUGAGUUCAUUGCCUCGGUGCUGGCCAAUCCAGAGAAUCGUCAUUUUCGUGACAAAGCCACUGUAAAGGCGGACGCACCCAACAAAGUUACAAACGUUUUGCUGCGUCACUAAGUGACUAACAAUGUAAAAAAUAGUGCUGCAUACUUUUGGGCGGUAUCCAGAAAAUGGCCCAUUCCGCUGUGUCACAGAGUUUCAUUUCACCAAUAAAUAUAUUUGGUCUCGCAAAAACGAUUAGUAGUAUAUUAGAGCUCUUGAACUACUAUUUGAUUUUCUUUUUAAUUAGUAUUACAAAUGCAUAUUCAGAUUCAAUUGUCUUUUAAAUAGUUCCCUCUCUUAAAAUAUGAAGUUCCCUUAAAGUAUUGCGACUCGAAUUACGAUUAAAAUGAAAUGGAAAUCUGUGACACAAGGAAUUGACUUCUGAGCAAUUUGUACUGAUUAUAUUUAUAAUUAUAAAACAAUGAAAGCAAGAUGAAAGUUCAACAUUUUGUUUACACAAAAUCAAUACAUAACAUAUACAUGAAUAUCUAUUUAUAAAAAUCAAAAAAGUCAGGACAUUUAUGUAAGUAGUUGCUAAGUAUGAUUAUGUUAAAUAUAUUUUACAUCCAACAAUUUAUUUAUGAAUAUUUAAAAAGUCUAUUAGUAAUACCUAGUAGUUUAGGUUUUUACAAUAAAAAACUGGCAUAAUCAUUUUAGUACUACAAAGCUUUUGGCUUUAUACAGCAAACAGUUGAAUUAUUCAAAUGCAAAGCAAUUUGUUUAUUAAGCUAAGCCUAGCAAAAACAACUAUACGUAAUUUACUGAUUGUUAGAACCAUUACCAAUAAUCUACAAACAAAUCGGAUAAAUUAAUAGGUGUCCUAAAUCAUUAAAUAAUAGCAUAACCAAAACAAUUUUAAGCUAACUUAUUUAAAUUCUGAACACUACACGCAUACACAUGUAUUUUAAGAAUGUUUAAAUUUAAUUUACAUUUUCUACUUACCUUUAUGUUAUAAAUAUGAUAAAUUAGCUUAAAGAGAAAACCUUGAAUAUUCAUCAUACAAAUUUCAAAUAAAUUUCAUUUUAUUGAAG